GUAUAAUAAUAACUGCACUACCCCAAAACAGAAAUUCAGAAGAUUAGAUAACCACAGAGUGCGCUGAGUACCCUUCACCCACGAUGCGUAAUCAGUCGUCUGCCCCAGCCGGUGAACUCGUGGCCCCAACGCUGCCUGACAAAACAGCCUCGUACUCGACUCUUGCCUAGCCUUUGCAUGGAACGCACAAGGCAACGGUGCAGAUCCCCAGCCAUUCUUCCUUGUUCGAGAAAGACAUUCGCCAUCGGGUCCAGCCACGCUUUGCGUGCGACUUCGACUCACCUCCACCACUACAUGGCGCAAGGAACUUCCAGAACUCGAUGCUUGGCCUGUGGGUUUCCCUAAUGCUUUUCUCAAUGCGAUGAUCGCUCUUCGCGUGGCGUUCCUUUCGCAUUGAGGAAUGGAGGGGUGAAAAGUCGGGUUCCGAAAAGCCACCCAAGUCUGGGUUUCUUGAACUUUCUUCCAGAACACACUCAUGCGCACACCACUCCCGAAGCCAUCCGCC